UCUGGUGGGUCGGACCAGAUCGUCCAAGUUAUCUUGGAGUCUAAUGUUGAUAUCAAUCUUUUGGACACAUAUGGCUGGACAGCACUUCAUUGGGCUUGUCGAAACGGCAGCCGCAAGAUCGUAGAGAUGUUAAAAGGAUCUGGAGCGGAUUCGAACCGAAAAGAUAUCAACGGCUGGACACCGCUU